AUGGAGAGAGACAGGGAGGAAGGGAGGGAGAGUGAGUGAUUGAGAGACCCCCAUGCACCAUCCACCACCCAGAAUUAACCACCUCGUCGUCCGGGAGACACUUACCGUAGACAUGGCAUUACCAUAGAUACACAGAUAGUUUCCUGUCAAUGGUAGUGUGCUGAGGGACUCCCUGCUGUUGAGACUGUGUAUCACUGUGACAUAUUUGUGUCCUCUGUAGUGCAGAUGAAGUGUAGCGGGGGUGGUAUUGCGUACACACACGCACCCAUACACACACAGACGCACCCAAGGGUUUGUAAGUUUAGGGUCACUGGUUUUAAGUCUAGGGUCACUGGUUCAGUGCAGCUGGCAGGGGGGCUUAUUAGGUAUCAUUGUGUGUGUUAAUGCUGAGCGAUUAACCGUAAUAUCUGUUAUUUUUCGUUUUUUAAACAACUAAAUGACCGAAGUCAGUGAAAUUAUUUAAAUUGUAAUUUUGUUCUGUUUUUUUAUGUGAGCUCAAUGCGCACACUACGCAGUUUCUCUAGAGAUAAGUCAGAUCAAGCCCGAACUGUGCAAUGUAGUAGGGAGUUGUAGUUUCCAACAGGCCAAUAUUCUACAUAGUUUAUCGUAGAAAACUUUGUAAUUAACUUCAAUGACCAUAAUCCAUUGUGCGCCUAUUUGUCCAGUCUGUGUGUUUAUUUUAUGCCUGCUAUGUUAGGUUAGUGUCGGGCAGACACAGAGAGAAGAGAGAAGAAUGCAUGAUGGCGAGGGAUAGAGAUAGAGAGCAUUUGCUUUGCGAGUUAUCGCUACCUGAAAAUACAUGAUCUAAGUGAUUGAUAGUUGAUAUUCAGCAGUCAUAAAAGUAUGCCUUAUUUACUUGCAAAGAAAAAGCCAUAUCUCAGACUGGCCAAUAAAAAGAAAAGACUCUGCCUAGAAGGUCAGCAUCCCGGGUUUUGCGGGUACUAUUUAAUGAAGCUGCCAGUUGAGGACCUGUGAGGCGUCUGUUUCUCAAACUAGACACUCUAAUGUAUUUGUCCUCUUGCUCAGUUGUGCACCGGGGCCUCCCACUCCUCUUUCUAUUCUGGUUAGAGCCAAUUUGCGCUGUUCUGUGGAAGGGACUAGGACACAGCGUUGUACGAGAUCUUCAGUUUCUUGGCAAUUUCUCGCAUGGAAUAGCCUUAAUUUCUCAGAACAAGAAUAGAUGGACGAGUUUCAGAAGAAAGUUCUUUGUUUCUGGCCAUUUUGAGCCUGUAAUCGAACCCACAAUUGCUGAUGCUCCAGAUACUCAACUAGUCUCAAGAAUGCCAGUUUUAUUGCUUCUUUAAUCAGCACAGCAGUUUUCAGCUGUGCUAACAUAAUUGCAAAAGGGUUUUCUAAUGAUCAAUUAGCCUUUUAAAAUGAUAAACUUGGAUUAGCAAAUACAACGUGCCAUUGGAACAAAGGACUGAUGGUUGUUGAUAAUGGGCCUCUGUACGCCUAUGUAGAUAUUUCAUUAAAAAUCAGCCGUUUCCAGCUACAAUAGCCAUUUACAACAUUAACAAUGUCUACACUGUAUUUCUGAUCAAUUUGAUGUUAUUUUAAUGGUUUUUCUUUCGAAAACAAGGACACUUCUAAGUGACCCCAAACUUUUGAACGGUAGUGUAUAUACAGUACCAGUCAAAAGUUUGGACACACCUACUCAAUCAAGGGUUUUUGUUUAUUUUUACUAUUUUCUACAUUGUAGAAUAAUAGUGAAGACAUCAAAACUAUGAAAUAACACAUAUGGAAUCAUGUACUAACCAAAAAAGUGUUAAACAAAUCAAAAUAUAUUUUAUAUUUGAGACUCUUCAAAUAACCACCCUUUGCCUUGAUGACAGCUUUGCACACUCUUGGCAUUCUCUCAACCAGCUUCACCUGGAAUGCUUUUCCAACAGUCUUGAAGAGUUCACACAUAUGCUGAGCACUUGUUGGCUGCUUUUCCUUCACUCUGCCGUCCGACUCAUCCCAAACCAUCUCAAUUGGGUUGAGAUUGGGUGAUUGUGGAGGCCAGGUCAUCUGAUGCAGCACUCCAUCACUCUCCUUCUUGGUAAAAUAGCCCUUACACAGCCUGGAGGUGUGUUGGGUCAUUGUCCUGUUGAAAAACAAAUGAUAGUCCCACUAAGCGCAAACCAGAAGGGAUGGCGUAUCGCUGCAGAAUGCUGUGGUAGCCAUGCUGGUUAAGUGUGCCUUGAAUUCUAAAUAAAUCACAGACAGUAUCACCAGCAAAGCACCCCCACACCAUAACACCUCCUCCUCUCUGCUUUAUGGUGGGAAAUUCACAUGCGGAGAUCAUCUGUUCACCCACACCACGGCGGUUGGAACCAGAAAUCUCCAAUUUGGACUCCAGACCAAAGGACACAUUUCCACCGGUCUAAUGUCCUUUGCUUGUGUUUCUUGGCCCAAGCAGGUAUCUUCUUCUUAUUGGUGACCUUUAGUAGUGGUUUCUUUGCAGCAAUUUGACCAUGAAGGCCUGAUUCACACAGUCCCCAUUGAACAAUUGAGGUUGAGAUGUGUCUGUGACUUGAACUCUGUGAAGCAUUUAUUUGGGCUGCAAUUUCUGAGGCUGGUAACUCUAAUGAACUUAUCCUCUGCAGCAGAGGUAACUCUGGGUCUUCCAUUCCUGUGGCGGUCCUCAUGAGAGCCAGCGGUUGAUGGUUUUUGCGACUGCACUUGAAGUAACUUUCAAUGUUCUUGAAAUGUUCCGUAUUGACUGACCUUCAUGUCUUAAGGUAAUGAUGGACUGUCAUUUCUCUUUGCUUAUUUGAGCUGUUCUUGCCAUAAUAUGGACUUAGUCUUUUACCAAAUAGGGCUAUCUUUUGUACACCCCCCCCCCCCCCCCCACACACACACACACACACCUUGUCACAACACAACUGAUUGGCUCAAACGCAUUAAGAAGGAAAUAAAUUCCACACAUUUGAAGAAGGCACACCUGUUAAUUGAAAUGCAUUCCAGGUGACUACCUCAUGAAGCUGGUUGAGAGAAUGCCAAGAGUGUGCAAAGCUGUCAUCAAGGCAAAGGGUGGCUAUUUGAAGAAUCUCAAAUAUAAAUAUAUUUUGAUUUGUUUAACACUUUUUUAGUUACUACAUGAUUCCAUAUGUGUUAAUUCCUAGUUGUGAUGUCUUCACUAUUAUUCUACAAUGUAGAAAAUAGUAAAAAUAAAGAAAAACCCUUGAAUGAGUAGGUGUGUCCAAACUUGUGACUGGUAUUGUACAGUCGUGGUCAAAAGUUUUGAGAAAAUGAACUUAAUCCCCAAAAAUAUUUCCACUGCAUUUCAGCCCUGCCACAAAAGGACGGGGAACAAAACAUUGACAUUUUGGGUCCAUGGCCAGGAAACUCCCCAGACCUUAAUCCCAUUGAGAACUUGUGGUCGAUCCUCAAGAGGCGGGUGGACAAACAAAACCCCACAAAUUCUGACCAACUCCAAGCAUUGAUUAUGCAAGAAUGGGCUGCCAUCAGUCAGGAUGUGGUCCAGAAGUUAAUUGACAGCAUGCCAGGGGGUGGAUUGCAGAGGUCUUGAAAAAGAAGGGUCAACACUGCAAAUAUUGACUCUUUGCAUAAACUUAAUGUAAUUGUCAAUAAAAGCCUUUGACACUUAUGGAAUGCUUGUAAUUAUACGUCAGUAUACCAUAGUAACAUCUGACAAAAAUAUCUCAUAACACUGAAGCAGCGAACUUUGUGAAGACCAAUACUUGUGUCAUUCUCAAAACUUUUGACUUUUGAUACUUUAUUAUUUAUAUAUACUUUAUUAUUUAUUUAUUUUACACAAGGCCCGCACUGGGGGAAAAAAAAUUAGCGUUUAUCUUUAUGUGAAUCAAUGCCUAAUUUAUCAUAACCAUUACAGAUAACAAAUCCUAAUUGCUAAAUUGACCCAUAUAUAUUCAGUCAAUAAAAAAAGUGCUAUUUAAGAUUGAUUUAUUGAAAUCGGAAAAUCAACUGGUUGUAUUAUAUCGUGGAACACAAUCUUCAAAAAGGCAGUAACCUCAGCAGUGGCACUUGUCCAAAAAGUUAUACUUUUGAAUCAUCUGUCCAUAGAACAUUCUUCCAUGAGUUUAUGAUCAUCCAGGUGCUUCCAGGCAAACUUGAGUCAACUUUUUGGACGACAUGGGUCCCAUUUAUGUCUGGCGAAAACUGAACACUGCAUUCCACAGUAAGAACCUCAUGCCAACGGUCAAGCAUGGUGGUGGUAGUGUGAUGGUUUGGGGAUGCUUUGCUGCCUCAGGACCUGAAUGACUUGCUUUAACCCUUUGACGCGUACCAACAUCAUUCUACAGUGGUCAACCUGUUCCACUACAGCCCCGUCGAUGAGAAUGGGGGUGUGCUCAGUCCUCUUUUUUUUCCCUGUAGUCCACAAUCAUCUCCUUUGUCUUGGUCACGUUGAGGGAGAGGUAGUUAUCCUGGCCCCACACGGCCAGGUCUCUGACCUCCUCCCUAUAGGCUGUCUCAUUGUUGUCUGUGAUCAGGCCUACCACUGUUGUGUCAUCGGCAAACUUAAUGAUGGUGUUGGAGUUGUGCCUGGCCAUGCAGUCAUGGGUGAACAGGGAGUACAGGAGGGGACUGAGCACGCACCCCUGAGGGGCCCCCGUGUUGAGGAUCAGCGUGGCAGAUGUGUUGUUACCUACCCUUACCACCUGGGGCGGCCUGUCAGGAAGCCCAGGAUCCAGAUGCAGAGGGAGGUGUUUAGUCCCAGGAUCCUUAGCUUAGUGAUGAGCUUUGAGGACACUAUGGUGUUAAACGCUGAGCUGUAGUCAAUGAAUAGCAUUCUCACGUAGGUGUUCCUCUUGUCCAGGUGGGAAAGGGCAGUGUGGAGUGCAAUACAGAUUGCAUCAUCUGUGGAUCUAUUGGGGCGGUAUGCAAAUUAAGUGGGUCUAGGGUUUCUGGGAUAAUGGUGUUGAUGUGAGCCAUGACCAGCCUUUCAAAGCACUUCAUGGCUACAGACGUCAGUGCUACGGGUCGGUAGUCAUUUAGGCAGUUGAUCUUAGUGUCCUUGGGCAUGGGGACUAUGGUGGUCUGCUUGAAACAUGUUGGUAUUACAGACUCAGUCAGGGACAUGUUGAAAAUGUCAGUGAAGACACUUGCCAGUUGGUCAGCACAUGCUCGGAGUACACGUCCUGGUAAUCCGUCUGGCCCUGCGGCCUUGUGAAUGUUGACCUGCUUAAAAGUCUUACUCACAUCGGCUACGGAGAGCGUGAUCACGUAGUCAUCCGGAACAGCUGGUGCUCUCAUGCAUGUUUCAGUGUGGCUUGCCUCGAAGAGAGCAUAGUAGUGGUUUAGCUCGUCUGGUAGGCUUGUGUCACUGGGCAGCUCGCGGCUGUGCUUCCCUUUGUAGUCUGUAAUAGUUUUCAAGCCCUGCCACAUCCGACGAGCGUCAGAGCCGGAGUAGUACAAUUCAAUCUUAGUCCUGUAUUGACUCUUUGCCUGUUUGAUGGUUCGUCUGAGGGCAUAGCGGGAUUUCUUAUAAGUGUCCGGGUUAGAGUCCCGCUCCUUGAAAGCGGCAGCUCUACCCUUUAGCUCAGUGUGGAUGUUGCCUGUAAUCCAUGGCUUCUGGUUGGGGCAGGGACGGCUUGUUCAAUAGGGCGAUAUGGGCGACGCACUGCCAAACGGGAAAAGGAAGGGAUUUUUUUUCUAAUCAAUUAUAUCACGGCAACAGCAGUUAUCAGUGUUCACGUCUGAUCUGCCAGCCACUAAAUGUCAAAUCAGGCUAAAGUCGUGCUUCAAAUGGCCCCGCCCGUUUUUGGGGCGAUUUCAGUCAAGUUGAAAAUCGCCCAGAAGUCUCUCAUAGCCUGUCAUGUAAAAUCUAUUUUUUUCACAUUUCAAAGCUUUCAAUACAUUCUCUAUGGGUGUCUGUGGGCUUGCACUUACGCGCUUUCGUCAUACGUGACGUAACGUUGAACGUAACUAAGACAAUGGCGGCUAGAAGCGUCUCUGUUGCGACCUGCAGUGCGGCGUUAUUUUAUGUUUUUAAUUUGUAGACUUAGUUUACAAACAUUCUGCCAACCAUGGAUUUCCAGUGGUUGGUUUUGGACUGAUCUUGUUGAUCGUGUACAUACCCGCUACGAACGGACUAAAUAAUGAAAACGCUGCUGGCAGCUGAAUCCCAAUACAGCUGGGAGACUUGGCUGGAUGAGUCCCGGACAGAGAAGUGGAGCCGGCCACCUUCACCCUGGUCAGAGCGGACCGCGAUCCUGGUAAGAGAGCGACUCUGUACCCCGACAUUGAACUGCUUUCUGUGUCAUUGCGACCUUACUAUCAAUUCAAUUCAAUUUAAGGGCUUUAUUGGCAUGGGAAACGUGUGUUAACAUUGCCAAAGCAAGGGAAGUAGAUAGUAAACAAAAGUGAAAUAAACAAUAAAUAUUAACAGUAAACAUUACACUCAGAAGUUUCAAAAGAAUAAAGACAUUUCAAAUGUCAUAUUAUGUAUAUAUACAGUGUUGUUACAAUGUGCAAAUAGUUAAAGUACAAAUGGGAAAAUAAAUAAACAUAAAUAUGGGUUGUAUUUACAAUGGUGUUUGUUCUUCACUGGUUGCCCUUUUCUUGUGGCAACAGGUCACAAAUCUUGCAGCUGUGAUGGCACACUGUGGUUUUUCACCCAGUAGAUAAGGGAGUUUAUCAAAAUUGGGUUUGUUUUCGAAUUCUUUGUGGAUCGCUGUAAUCUGAGGGAAAUAUGUGUCUCUAAUAUGGUCAUACAUUUGGCAGGAGGUUAGGAAGUGCAGCUCAGUUUCCACCUCAUUUUGUGGGCAGUGUGCACAUAGCCUGUCUUCUCUUGAGAGCCAGGUCUGCCUACGGCGGCCUUUCUCAAUAGCAAGGCUAUGGUCACUGAGUCUGUACAUAGUCAAAGCUUUCAUUAAGUUUGGGUCAGUCACAGUGGUCAGGUAUUCUGCCACUGUGUACUCUCUGUUUAGGGCCAAAUAGCAUUCUAGUUUGCUCUGUUUUUUUGUUUGUUCUUUCCAAUGUGUCAAGUAAUUCUCUUUUUGUUUUCUCAUGAUUUGGUUGGGUCUAAUUGUGUUGUUGUUGUUGUUGUUGUUGUUGUCCUGGGGCUGUGUGGGGUCUGUUUGUGUUUGUGAACAGAGGCCCAGGACAAGCUUACUUAGGGGACUCUUCUCCAAGUUCAUCUCUCUGUAGGUGAUGGCUUUGUUAUGGAAGGUUUGGGAAUCGCUUCCUUUUAAGUGGUUACUAUCUGCCCCGUGAGUUCCCCCAAUUGUUUGUUACCGUUGUGUACUGUUGAUAAUCACAAGUUUACUGGAGAACUGAGACCAAGUAGAGACUUUGGACAGGGUGGAUAUGGUAUAAUAAAGGCAGUUUAUUCAGAGGUAAAGAUAUCUGGAAUCGCGUGCACGGACUCGUGCACGUGUGUAGGUCACCUAAAUCAUCAGAAAAAUUGCCCCUCCUGAGAAUUUUUUCAGGAGCCGCCACUGGGUUGGGGUAUGUACGUACGGUCACUGUGGGGACGAAGUCAUCGAUGAACUUAUUGAUGAAACCAGUGACUGAUGUGGUGUACUCCUCAAUGCUAUUUAGCUAACUUUCGGUUGACAGAAACCAUAAUAUGAAUUAACUAAUAGAAAUUACUAUUUACAAUUCAUCACAUAACGGGUGAGCUCACCAUUGAUCAAAAUAAUUGAGUAAAACACUUUAUAAAAAUAUAAAUGAAUCCGACAAUGGGUAGUUUGUGCACGCCGCCAUGUUUUUUGUUGUUGGGGUCAACCAAAGAUAAGAAGAGGAGAAAAGAUGAGUUUGGUCUGUUUGCAGUAUGCAUGUUAAAGGGGGUGUGUUGUCUACCAUCAUUCACUUCCCUUCAUUCACUUCCGGAAGUUUACUCAGAAGAGAAGUGAACCAUCCCUCACCUCAUUUGUUAUAAUAUCUUUGGUCUGACAGAUGUUUACGUGACACCCAGAAUGCAUUGUAUAAUAUCAACAAACAUGGUUCCACACAUAGCUGGCAAAUAGCUUAGCAUUAGCUCAUUAUAAUCAGUACAACCUUCAAAAAAGUAUUUUACACACAUCUAUGCAAGAAUCGGAAUGCAUGAUUUGUCACCAGUACUUGAAAAUUGAAUAAAACAGUAAAUACAUUAUGCUCCAUACAUAUGCUAAAGUAGAAACAACAACACGAUAUACAGAAAAUAAGGCACUUACGUGGAACACACACAUGUCUAAAGUUAUUAUUUGUAAGGAAAACAACAAUGAAGGCAAUGUGAGCGCCAGCCAGAAAAUGUACCAGGGGGGAAAAGUUUGUGCUAGACUGCACAAAUGUAUGCGUACUUGAUCUGGGGAAAUACUGGGGAGAUGCUUCGGCUUUCAUCAAAGAGAGAAGUUUGUCCGGUUCAGUAAAGCCUCAAACAUACAGUGCAUUCGGAAAGUAUUCAGACCCCUUCCUUUUUCAACAUUUUGUUACGUUACAGCCUUAUUCGCAAAUGGAUUAAAUUAGUCUUUUCCUCAUCAAUCUACACACAAUACCCCAUAAUGACAAAGUGAAAAUAGUUUUUUUGAAAUUUUUGCUAAUGUAUAAAAAAUUACACACAGAAAUACCUUAUUUACAUAAGUAUUCAGACCGUUUGCUAUGAGACUUGAAAUUGAGCUCAGCUGCAUCCUGUUUCCAUUGAUCAUCCUUGACAUGUUUCAACAACUUGAUUGGAGUCCACCUAUGGUAAAUUCAAUUGAUUGGACAUGAUUUGGAAAGGCAUACACCUGUCUAUAUGUUGUUGUGACCCGCAAAUGAACAUAUAAAAACGGAACACUAGAAUCAAAGCAAAUUAACGUUGUCUUCAUUUUUUACGAAUUUGAUCAGGACACAUUUUCAAUUACCCGUUCGGGCAGCCAAAAUUCCACCAAAUAGUUUGACAGUAUAUGAAAAAUAUUUGAUCUCUGGUUAAAGAUCGAGUUUUGACGUUGAGUAAUUGACUACUCAUGCCCAUCCCUAGACCAGACAUGCCCAGACUUGUCCACUUCUCCUCUCAUCAAUGUUCUGUCUGUCUCUGUUUCUCUGUUUCUCUCUCUCUGUCCCUCUGUCUCUCUGCCUCUGUCUCUGUGUCUCUGUCUCCGUCUCUCUGUCUCUUCUCUCUAUCCCCUCCAACAAACACACACACACACACACACACUGCAAUCAGGCACCCCUGCCGGUUGGGGUCAAAGGCCAAGUGGCCUAAGCUUCAAAGUAGGUCAGUUGAUCCUGCUCUGUGUACCUACCUCCAGCUGCUUUAGAUUGUUUCAGCUUUCUAAGUGUUUUUAAACAACAGCCAUGUGUGUGUGUGUGUGUGUGUCAAUGAGGAAUUAGUCUUUGCAACUGGCCGGCAAAUGUUUGACAUCUGUUUCAGAGUGUCUCAGUGCAUGACUGAGCCAUAAUCAUUCCUCUUAGUGCUGUUUGAACUGGAGUCUGUGGAACAUCACUGGUGUCAGAACAUCUACAAGUUUUAGUUUCAUGAGACUGAUUCAACUAUGAACUAGAAUGACCUGGUGUGUGUGUUUGUGUGUGUCUGUGAGUGCACUCGCGUGUGUGUGUGUUGAAAAGUAGAAAGAGUUACUGGAAAGGUUGUUCUGCAUCAAGACAGUGACUAAUCCUUCAACUGUCCAGUUGAGGUCAUUGGGACUGUUUGUGUCUGUUUAGUUAAUAAGGACAUUUGUGAUUCAUAAAAGUAAUUCUGAUCCUACGCCUGUUCUCAUGACCUCACUAGACUUGGACACACACCACACAACACACACUCGCUAGCAGCCCACAGAUCUGGGUCAUUCUGUCUCUUUUGGUGAAGAAGAGAGGAGAAAGAAACGAGGGAGGAAAGCCAUGGGCUGUUGAUAUUUCAACAGGAUAACAGAGGUCAAAAUGUCAGUAAUGCUGUCACUAUCAUCUCCCUAGCACACGCAUCAUUAAUUAAACACACACACACUAAGCCCCCCUAGAGGGAGUGUGACCUCAUAGCAGAGCAGACUAACCCUCUCCAUGGGGACCGGGGGGCCGUGUGACCGGGACGACCAGGAGGUUCAGAGCGUAGGCAGCACACGCGUCACCACAUGGGUUGUGGCGGUCACAACAUUUAGUCAGCCGGUGAUUGUCAAGCAAAUAACUGUCGGUCUCACGGUAAUUGACCGUAAAUUAACAUAAACACAUUUAGCAUCUCCUGGCUUCCACACAUAGCCUACAAGCCACUGAUGUUGACCUUUGGAACAUCUACAUUUUAAAAAGUCUAAUAAAUCCAAGUAAUAUAGCCUACACCUUCAUAAUAAAUCAAUUAUUUAUUUUAGACAGAUCUAAAGAAACAUGAUAUGAAGAAAAUGUAGUCUAUUUCAGAAGAACAGGGGGCUAUAUGUUUUGAUUCUUAAUACAUUGUAAGGCUGCAUGAUGCGACGCUAAUGAUGAUAUGAAAAAAGUGGCUUGAAAGGCAUGAGCUCUGCUUAGUUUUUUGCACAGGCUGUACACACUUCAUCAGUCACUCAUUCACAAUUUGACAAGCACUUGAUAAUGCCUAGAAUUUCACAGCGGCCUUUUGCGGCCAGUGGCCAUUGUGCCCUUCUCCCUGAGGGCUCCAAAGCACCUCUCACUCACAUGGCUCUCCAUCACGUGAUUGGGUCUUUCUCACAGGCUACAAGUGAAGACAGACACAUCGGGGAUGCAACUGCGCGUGUCCUUAUCCAAUUGCGAGGUGCAUAUUGACGAAAUUGGAAGAACGGUCCACAUGUACUUUUCGUCAGCCAACAAGAUGAGAAAGCCUAACGAACAGCAAAAGCACUAGCCUAUGUCAAUCUACUAUCCCCCACAAACCCUAUUCUGGUAGUGUUUGUGGAAGAGCUGAACUAAAUGACUAUCGCCCCGUAGCACUCACAGACGAUGCAAUCGCCAUCGCACUGCACACUGCCCUAUCCCAUCUGGACAAGAGGAAUACCUACGUCAGAAUGCUGUUCAUUGACUAUAGCUCAGCCUUCAACACCAUAGUACCCUCCAAGCUCAUCAUUAAGCUUGAGGCCCUGGGUCUGAACCCUGCCCUGUGCAACUGGGUCCUGGACUUCCUGACGUGCCGCCCCCAGGUGGUGAAGGUAGGAAACAACACCUCCACUUCACUGAUCCUCAACACAGGGGCCCCACACGAGUGCGUGCUCAGCCCCCUCCUGUACUCCCUGUUCACACAUGACUGAGUAGCCAAGCACGCCUCCAACUCAAUCAUCAAAUGUGCAGACGACACAACAGUAGUAGGCCUGAUUACCAACAAUGACGAGAUAGCCUACAGGGAGGAGGUGAGGGCCCUGGCGGAGUGGUACCAGGAAAAUAACCUCUCCCUCAACGUCAACAAAAUGAAGGAGCUGAUCAUGGACAUCAGGAAACAGCAGAGGGAGCACGCCCCUAUCAACAUCGAUGGGACCGCAGUGGAGAAGGUGGAAAGCUUCAAGUUCCUCGGCGUACACAUCACUGACAAUCUGAAAUGGUCCACCCACACAGACAGUGUGGUGAAGAAAUUCGUCUUGGCCCCUAAGACACUCAGAAACCUUUACAGAUGCACAAUUGAGAGCAUCCUGUCAGGCUGUAUCACCGCCUGGUACGGCAACUGCACCACCCGCAAACGCAGGGCUCUCCAGAGGGUGGUGCGGUCUGCCCAACGCAUCACCGGGGGCACACUGCCUACCCUCCAGGACACCUACAGCACCCGAUGUCACAGGACAUCAUCAAGGACAUCAACCACCCGAGCCACGGCCUGUUCACCCCACUAUCAUCCGGAAGGCGAGGUCAGUAUUCGUGCGUCAAAGCUGGGACCGAGAGACUGAAAAACAGCUUCUAUCUCAAGGCCAUCAGACUGUUAAAUAGCCGUCACUAGCCGGCUACCACCCGGCUUCUCAACCCUGCACCUUAGAGGCUGCUGCCCUAUAUACAUAGACAUGGAAUCACUGGCCACUUUAAUAAUGGAACACUAUUCACUUUAAUAAUGUUUACAUACUGCUUUACUCAUCUCAUAUGUUUUCUGUAUUCUAUUCUACUGUACUUUAGUCAAUGCCAGUCUGACAUUUCUUAAUUAUUUUACUUUAAAUGUGUGUGUAUUGUUGUGCAUUGUUAGAUACUUCUGCACUGUUGGAAAUAGGAACAUAAGCAUUUUGCUACACCCGCAAUAACAUCUGCUAAAUAUGUGUAUAUGACCAAUAAAAUUUGAUUUGAUUUGAUGUGAUGAUGACCCUGGGGUUAUGUGAGUUCUGUAGUGCUGGUGUUUAUAAAAUGGCCGUGUCAGCAGGGUUAUCUCAGGCAGGCUGAUUCUAGAACAGUUACAGUGGGGAGAACAAGUAUUUGAUACACUGCCGAUUUUGCAGGUUUUCCUACUUACAAAGCAUGUAGAGGUCUGUAACUUUUUAUCAUAGGUAAACUUCAACUGUGAGAGACGGAAUCUAAAACAAACAUCCAGAAAAUCACAUUGUAUGAUUUUUAAGUAAUUAAUUUGCAUUUUAUUGAAUGACAUAAGUAUUUGAUACAUCAGAAAAGCAGAACUUAAUAUUUGGUACAGCAACCUUUGUUUGCAAUUACAGAGAUCAUACGUUUCCUGUAGGUCUUGACCAGGUUUGCACACACUGCAGCAGGGAUUUUGGCCCACUCCUCCAUACAGACCUUCUCCAGAUCCUUCAGGUUUCGGGGCUGUCGCUGGGCAAUACAGACUUUCAGCUCCCUCCAAAGAUUUUCUAUUUGGUUCAGGUCUGGAGACUGGCUAGGCCACUCCAGGACCUUGAGAUGCUUCUUACGGAGCCACUCCUUAGUUGCCCUGGCUGUGUGUUUCGGGUCGUUGUCAUGCUGGAAGACCCAGCCACGACCCAUCUUCAAUGCUCUUACUGAGGGAAGGAGGUUGUUGGCCAAGAUCUUGCGAUACAUGGCCCCAUCCAUCCUCCCCUCAAUACGGUGCAGUCAUCCUGUCCCCUUUGCAGAAAAGCAUCCCCAAAUAAUGAUUUUUCCACCUCCAUGCUUCACGGUUGGGAUGGUGUUCUUGGGGUUGUACUCAGCCUUCUUCUUCCUCCAAACAUGGCGAGUGGAGUUUAGACUUAAAAGCUCUAUAUUUGUCUCAUCAGACCACAUGACCUUCUCCCAUUCCUCCUCUGGAUCAUCCAGAUGGUCAUUGGCAAACUUCAGACGGGCUUGGACAUGUACUGGCUUGAGCAGGGGGACCUUGUUUGCGCUGCAGGAUUUUAAUCCAUGACGGCGUAGUGUGUUACUAAUGGUUUUCUUUGAGACUGUGGUCCCAGCUCUCUUCAGGUCAUUGACCAGGUCCUGCUGUGUAGUUCUGGGCUGAUCCCUCACCUUCCUCAUGAUCAUUGAUGCCCCACGAGGUGAGAUCUUGCAUGGAGCCCCAGACCGAGGGUGAUUGACCGUCAUCUUGAACUUCUUCCAUUUUCUAAUAAUUGCGCCAACAGUUGUUGCCUUCUCACCAAGCUGCUUGCCUAUUGUCCUGUAGCCCAUCCCAGCCUUGUGUAGGUCUACAAUUAUAUCCCUGAUGUCCUUACACAGCUCUCUGGUCUUGGCCAUUGUGGAGAGGUUGGAGUCUGUUUGAUUGAGUGUGUGGACAGGUGUCUUUUAUACAGGUAACGAGUUCAAACAGGUGCAGUUAAUACAGGUAAUGAGUGGAGAACAGGAGGGCUUCUUAAAGAAAAACGAACAGGUCUGUGAGAGCCGGAAUUCUUACUGGUUGGUAGGUGAUGAAAUACUUAUGUCAUGCAAUAAAAUGCAAAUUAAUUACUUAAAAAUCAUACAAUGUGAUUUUCUGGAUUUUUGUUUUAGAUUCCGUCUCUCACAGUUGAAGUGUACCUAUGAUAAAAAUUACAGACCUCUACAUGCUUUGUAAGUAGGAAAACCUGCAAAAUUGGCAGUGUAUCAAAUACUUGUUCUCCCCGCUGUAUGUGUUCUCUCCACGGUGGUUGAACAGCCAGGCUGCUAUCAGCUGGUAACUGACCGUAGGUCAGCGGCGCGGGCUGUUUCAUCUGAGUCUGACGUUUGUUUUUCCCUCCGUCUGCAUCCAUUUGUCAAAGAAUCCAUCAUCCCCUCUUUCCACAUCUCUCCUUUCUGACCCUGUCAGUCAGGGAGCUCUGCAGGGGGAACCAAAAUAGAGAGCCGAGCAGCCGGGGUUCCUCUAGGCUCUCAAACAUAAACACACUCCGGGAGGAGAGGAGGCCCCACUUCAAAACCAACACUGACACACAUCUGCACAUCUGUCUGACCAGGCCUCCCCUCUCUCUACCUCCUCCUCUUCCUCCUCUUCCUCCUCCUCUCUUCCUCUCCAGGUCUGGCUUUGUUUAAGCAUGACAGGAGGUUGUUGACUCGUUUUAAACAAGCCCUCUGUCUGUGUACAGUGACGGAAAAAAGUAUUUGAUCCCCUGCUGAUUUUGUACGUUUGCCCAUUGACAAAGACAUGAUCAGUCUAUAAUUUUAUUGGUAGGUUUAUUUGAACAAUGAGAGACAGAAUAACAACAAAAAAAUCCAGAAAAACGCAUGUCAAAGAUAUUAUAAAUUGAUUUGCAUUUUAAUGAGGGAAAUAAGUAUUUGACCCCUCUGCAAAACAUAACUUAGUACUUGGUGGCAAAACCCUUGUUGACAAUCACAGAGGUCAGACGUUUCUUGUAGUUGGCCACCAGGUUUGCACACAUCUCAGGAGGGAUUUUGUCCCACUCCUCUAUGCAGAUCUUCUCCAAGUUAUUAAGGUUUCGAGGCUGACGUUUGGCAACUCGAAUCUUCAGCUCUCUCCACAGAUUUUCUAUGGGAUUAAGGUCUGGAGACUGGCUAGGCCACUCCAGGACCUUAAUGUGCUUCUUCUUGAGCCACUCCUUUGUUGCCUUGGCCGUGUGUUUUGGGUCAUUGUCAUGCUGGGAUACCCAUCCACUACCCAUUUUCAAUGCCCUGGCUGAGGGAAGGAGGUUCUCACCCAAGAUUUGACGGUACAUGGCCCCGUCCAUCGUCCCUUUGAUGAGGUGAAGUUGUCCUGUCCCCUUAGCAGAAAAACGCACCCAAAGCAUAAUGUUUCCACCUCCAUGUUUGACGGUGGGGAUGGUGUUCUUGGGGUCACAGGCAGCAUUCCUCCUCCUCCAAACACGGCGAGUUGAGUUGAUGCCAAAGAGCUCGAUUUUGGUCUCAUCUGACCACAACACUUUCACCCAGUUCUCCUCUGAAUCAUUCAGAUGUUCAUUGGCAAACUUCAGACAGCCCUGUAUAUGUGCUUUCUUGAGCAGGGGGACCUUGCGGGCACUGCAGGAGUUCAGUCCUUCACGGCGUAGUGUGUUACCAAUUGUUUUCUUGGUGACUAUGGUCCCAGCUGCCUUGAGAUCAUUGACAAGAUCCUCCCGUGUAGUUCUGGGCUGAUUCCUCACCGUUCUCAUGAUCAUUGCAACUCCACGAGGUGAGAUCUUGCAUGGAGCCCCAGGCCGAGGGAGAUUGACAGUUAUUUUGUGUUUCUUCCAUUUGCGAAUAAUCGCAACAACUAUUGUCACCUUCUCACCAAGCUGCUUGGCAAUGGUCUUGUAGCCCAUUCCAGCCUUGUGUAGGUCUCCCAAGUGGCGCAGUGGUCUAAGGCACUGCAUCGCAGUGCUAGCUGUGCCACUAGAGAUCCUGGUUCGAAUCCAGGCUCUGUCGUGACCGGGAGACCCAUGGGGCGGCGACAAUUGGCCCAGCGUCGUCCAGGGUAGGGGAGGGAAUGGCCGGCAGGGAUGUAGCUCAGUUGGUAGAGCAUGGCGUUUGCAACGCCAGGGUUGUGGGUUCGAUUCCCAUGGGGGGCCAGUAUGAAAAAAAAAAUAUAUAUAUAAAAAUGUAUGCACUAACUGUAAGUCGCUCUGGAUAAGAGCGUCUGCUAAAUGACUAAAAUGUAAAUGUAAAAAUGUCUACAAUCUUGUCCCUGACAUCCCUGGAGAGCUCUUUGGUCUUGGCCAUGGUGGAGAGUUUGGAAUCUGAUUGAUUGAUUGCUUCUGUGGACAGGUGUCUUUUAUACAGGUAACAAGCUGAGAUUAGGAGCACUCCCUUUAAGAGUGUGCUCCUAAUCUCAGCUCGUUACCUGUAUAAAAGACACCUGGGAGCCAGAAAUCUUUCUGAUUGAGAGGGGGUCAAAUACUUAUUUCCCUCAUUAAAAUGCAAAUCAAUUUAUAAAAUUUUUGACAUGCGUUUUUCUGGAUUUUUUUGUUGUUAUUCUGUCUCUCAUUGUUCAAAUAAACCUACCAUUAAAAUUAUAGACUGAUAAUUUCUUUGUCAGUGGGCAAACGUACAAAAUCAGCAGGGGAUCAAAUACUUUUUUCCCUCACUGUAUGUUUUAUUCACCAUUAUUCCUAUUCACCAUGGCUGUGCUAUGCCACUUACUCUUAGAGCAGGGGUGUCAAACUCAAUCAGUGCAAGGGCCAUAUUGAAAAAACACAACGAAUUUGUGGGCCAGACAUCGCCUUAAAAAAAACGUGUAUACAACUGCGACCCAAACUGUCCGUUGUUCCGAUGUCCCUUUACAGUAGUAUGCUGUAUGUAGCAUUUUUUUACAUAUUAAAACAAAAUAAGAGAUAAAUAAUAUUUGUCCAGCCUUUGCUGCUAUGCUUGCAGAUGUGCAUAAUACGCUGCGACCAUAAUCAAAAAGUAUUUAACUCCAAAUGACAAAAACGAGGUUGUUGUAACAUUUAAACUUGAAACAUGUUUGUCAUUUUUUUUGCACUGCAUUCUUUACUAGUACGGUUGAAUGCAGCAUUGCUGUAUGGUGCACUCAAAAUGUAUUGCUGUUGAGUAGCCAGCAUAGGCUACUGCUCAAACGUUGCUGUAAUAGGCCUACAUGUUUCUCCUUUGCAUGGUGUUUUGUUGCAACACUUUAGUAGCUUAGCUAGGACAGUGGCAUGUGUCUGUGUACACGGUCCCUCCGCUGCGCACGGUAAACGGGACUCACGAAAGCAGCUUGAUAGACAUUGAAUUCACCCAUGCGAGCACAUCAGGCUGUUGACUCAUUUAUACUUGCUUGUGUGUCCUAUUGUCCUUUAGUAGUAAUUUAUACCCGUGUGUGAAUUGUAGGAUACAGCAAUGACCUGUUGGAACUGAAACUUGGCACGGACAUUUAGCCUACAACAUAUUUAAACUUUCGGUCUGGUAGAAGAUUCGGUCAGUGCCAUUAGUGAUAUGAUACAGGGCACUGGCUGGGUUGGUUGUGUGUGUGUGUGUGUGGGUCUGGGAGGAGGGGUGGGUGUGUGGCAAUGCACUGCCGUUUGGUGUGCAGCACGGUGGGAGCGCUUGCUGUGACUUGUAGUGCAGCGCUUCGCGGGCUGUAUGGAAGCGGGCCAAAAUGAAUUGACAACCCAAAUCAUUGCGUGUGCUGGAUAGAAAUGUGUCACAGACCGGUUUCGGGCCACGGGCCUUGUGUUUGACACAACAUGUCUUAGAGUAUGGUUGGUUGUUUAAAACUGCUGUGUUGGUCAAUGACCCCGUUUUUGUUUGCUGAUUAAAGUGACAUUUUAUGCGAGUUGGGAGGGGGUAAACACUGCUUCUGAAACAUUUGAUACCAACACUGUUAAUACGCUUGUCACAGCUCUAAGUGUUACCAUAUCUCCCUGUCCUCCUCUCUCUCUCGCUCUCUCGCUUCUCUCCUCUCUCUUCGCUCUCUCUCUCUCCGUCUCUCUCUCGAGGACUCGAGCUCUCCUCUCUUCCUCUUUCUUUCUUCGAGGCCUCUCUCUCUCUGAGUCUCGGAGAGAAUCUCUAGAUUCUCUCUCUCUCCUCUCUAGCUUCUAUCUCUCUAUCUCCUCUCUCUCUCCUCUCGCUCUCUCUCUCUCUCUCCUCUCUCCUCUAUCUCUCUCUAUCUCUUCUCUCUCUCGCUCUCUCCUCUAGGUGUUUAGUUGUGAAGCCAGCUGGCUGGCCCUGGAGACACUCCUUCACUACGAUGUAGAGUCCAGAAGAGAGGCAACGAGAGAGAAAGACGAAAGCGAGUGUGUAUGAAAAACAGACACUCCAGCUGCAAUACUCUAGCACACUACGCACAAGACGGGAUAUAGAGAGAGAGUAACUGAAAGCGGGUGAGUAAGACAGUGGCAAGGACGGAAAGUAAUAUCGGAUGACAGAGCAGAAAGAAGGAACAGGAACAACAGCAGUGCCAGAACGACACCAGGAGGAGAUAAGAACAGAGAAAGAGAGGGAUACUGUGAAUCAUUGACCUCAGGCCCUGCCUCCAAACCAGCCUCUCCCGCCCUCCUCCCUCCUCCUUCCUCCUUUCCCUGCGCUGGAACUGUUCACUCUUUCCCACACCUUUGUCACAACAGGACCACAUCCUUUGCUCUCUCCCUCUAUCCUUUUCCCUCUUCCUGAAGACCCUGAGGACCUGAACCUUCACCUUUGACCCCACCUGUGUGACCCCUGGAUGACAUUCCACCGCUCCUGGUAUCAACCCCAUCGAACUCAACUGAACAUAAUUGUUCCUUCAGAGAGGAACAGACAACACCAGGAACACUUCAGAACCACUGCAAACGUCAUCAUCACCAUGUGUCACGUGAUCGUAACCUGUCGCUCCAUGCUGUGGACUCUACUCAGCAUCGUGGCCGCCUUCGGCGAGCUCAUCGCCUUUAUGAGCACCGAUUGGCUGGUGGGCUUCCCCCGGACACCGGACGCCGUCUUUGGCCCUCACGGUGCCACUGCAGCCGGCGAGGCCUACCGGCCCACCCUGGGCAUCUACGGCCGCUGCAUCAAGCUGCCCCACCUGCAGCGCGGCGUGCUGUGCGGGCCGUACGCCGUGCACUUUGGGGAGAUUGCCAGCGGGUUCUGGCAGGCGGCGUCCAUCUUUCUGGCUGCGGGGAUCCUGCUGCUGUGUGCCGUGGCCUUCAUCUCCGUCUUCACCAUGUGCUUCCAGAGCAUCAUGAAGAAGAGCAUCUUCAACGUGUGUGGACUGCUGCAGGCCAUCGCAGGUGAGACUGAGGGAGACACGUUAGCCCACAGAACAAUAUUGCAGUGUUACCCAGUUUACUUUCACAUUCACUUAUUGACAUGCACAUACAGUACCUCACACAGCAAAUACACAGACACUGCUGUUCCAGUGUUCCUGUGUGCAGUGUUACACUGCCUGUUGGUUGGUUGUAGUUUUCUCUAGGCAGUGCAGUAGUUAGACACAGCUGACUGACUGUUGAACCCCUGGAAUGUAGGGUGAGAGGGACUUGUGAAGGGGUGGGUGCCGUUUGAACAGCCAACAUUCAACCCCAUCUAUCUAACCUUUUAGUGCUGCUGUUCAUCUCUCUAACCUUCAUAGUUUAAACAUUUACUAGAGCAAUCAGACCCCACUGACCACACACAAACACACACGCGUACACACACACACACACACACACAGGCCCCCAAGAGUGCAUUAACUCUUACUACCAGCGUGCUCUCUGUGUGUUCGAGGUGACAAUUAACCCUAUAGGUCAAGGAUCCGGGAACCACAGCAACCUUGCACCUUCCUCUGAGGUCGUUGCCAUGAGCAACAAGGUACCAAAUAUUUGUCAUUUUGAGUCAGCUGGGGAUGACGUCAUGUGACCUGUGUGGUGUUUGUGUAUGUGUAUCUGUAUGAAUCUCGAGUCGCUGUGACCUGCUGUGGUGAAUUGUGGGAGGGAAGAGGCAGUCAUAGGAGAGAGGGAGGUCAUUCCGACUGAAUCUCUCUGAGCUUUCAUCCCUCUCGCCUAUCCUCCCCUGUACUUGUUCCUUAGACUGUCAGGGAUGGUGUAAUGACUGGUGAGGGAGUAGGUCAGGGUGAAGUUGCCCUACAGACACUUAUCUACUGUAAGAUCAAUUUGAUGCCUUUUCCCCACUAUUUUUUGUUAAGGUUAGAAUUUGGGUAUGAUAACAACUUUCUGGCACUAAAUGAAUCCGGUGAUUGCUACACCGGUGGACAGUUACCACCUAACAAUGUAACGCACAUUCAGACCUAGUGAAAGUGCCAAAUACAGUCCAGUGUUAUUGUAGUUGUUAUUUAGUGUAGUCAGAGGACUUCCACAACUGGACUGAUUAGAAGAGCAGAGCUGCUCGUUAUGGGUCUGUGGGUCGCUGGGAGGAAGAGGAUGAGGAAAAGGAAAGGGGGCGAGGGGAAACCAGAAAUAGAAGGGAGACGUUUCCUUCAUGCCCCCAGCCCUUAGCCCCCUGUCUGAAUUGACUAUAGGUCAUUAACCCAAAGGAAAGAUUCAUCCAUUUUGAAUGUUAUAUUGUUUUUGUGCAUCACUGUGCAAUGUUCUAUCGAUUCCCGGGGUCAUUUCAUGUGUGUCUGUGCUAUUACCGUUCAAGCAGGCAGAAAUUUGGCCGCUAUGAGCUAGCAUUGCUCACUACACUGGAAGUUAAUAGGACUACAACUUUCAGAUUACGAAAACGUCUACCAUACGUCAGAUUUCAAUACUGGCCGAUGUCAUAACGCUGGAGGUUGUCUUCUCUCGAAUGAGCCAUUGAUUAUAUUUUUGCGAUAUUCCUACCUUGAGAAAUUUGUAAUUUAACAGUGGGUCCACUACAUUUCUCCUAUUUGUCUGCCUCUUCAGUCCAGAGUGCAUUACAUGGUGCCAUUGCAUGGCCGUUGUGAAUGUCACACUCCACUCUGCGAGGGAAAUCGAUCUGCAGGUUGAACAUGGUGAGAAUGUAGACUCCUAAAUUGAUAGUACAAUUCGUUUAGGCAAUUUUAGAGCUAACUAACUACUUCACAUGCUGAUAUUAACUUUGGUAUUAUUGUGUGUAGCUACAUUUGCUAGCUAGCUAGAUAGAUAGAUAGAUAGCCAGCCAGCCCAUAGAGAGAGCAUUGUAUUAUGGGUUUUGUAGACGACUUGAGCUGCAACAGAAUUUCACAACGAUUUUCACAUGUUGCUACCAACCUUAUUAUAAGGACAAAAUGAAACAUAUAUUCACCAAAAAUAAUAAGUGGUUUUGGGUGGAUUUUUAAUGCCCUGGCUACAGGAAGAGAUAAGGACCAAAACACACAGCGACACCAUAUCAAGCAGUAUGUAUGCACUCACUAAUUGUAAGUCGCUCUUCUGCUAAAUGACUAAAAUGUCAAUUGGAUCACUAAAUAUCGCUCUAUCACUUUAUUGUCUCUCUCUCUCUGUAUCUCUCUGUUUCUCGCUCUCGCUCUCGCAUCUCUCUCUCUGUAUCUCUCUCUUUCUCUCUCUCUGUAUCUCUCUCUCUCUGUAUUUCUCUCUCUCUCUCUCUCUCUCUCUCUCUCUCUGUAUCUCUCUCUCUGUAUCUCUCUCUCUCUGUAUCUCUUUCUCUCUCUGUAUCUCUGUCUAUCUCUCUCUCUCUCUCUAUCGCUCCUUUCCACCAGUUUGACUUUCCUCCAAUCAUUAUUUCCACUAAGUGUUCCACCGACCGUACCAUAAUGUGACCGUAACUGGGAUCAGGUGGCAGAUGUUUCGGGAAAGGCUUGACCUCAGAAGGAGAGAUUGUAGUUGGGUAGCCAGCGGUGGUCACGUCAUCCCACUGGAGUCAUUAGACUGGCCCUAACUCUAUUAACCUAAUUUAAACACACUGAUGUCAUAUUGCGAAGGUUAUAACGACAAAAUGAAACAUAUAUUCACCAGAAAUUAUAGGUGGUUUUGGGUGGAUUUUUAAUGCCCUGGCUACAGGAAGAGAUAAGGACCAAAACACACAGCGACACCAUAUCAAGCAGUCGGUCUGUGUUGACGUGGCUGUGGAAGUUGGUGUUUUUCUGUUGGUGUUUUUCCUUCAGAUUUCUUUCCUAUUGACAGUGAUACCUCCACAUGGGAUGGAAAAAUCUGUAAUUUCUCCCCAGCCAGCAUUCUGUGAUAUCGCUCUAUCACUUUAUUGUCUCUCUCUCUCUGUAUCUCUCUGUAUCUCUCUGUAUCUCUCUGUUUCUCUCUCUCUCUCUCUCUCUCUCUCUCUCUCUCUCUGUAUCUCUCUCUCUGUAUCUCUCUCUCUCUCUGUAUCUCUCUCUCUCUCUCUGUAUCUCUCUCUCUGUCUCUCUCUCUGUAUCUCUCGCUCUCUCUGGAUCUCUCUCUCUGUGUAUCUCUCUCUCUCUCUGUAUCUCUCUCUCUCUGUCUAUCUCUCUCUCUAUCUCUUCUUUCCACCAGUUUGACUUUCCUCCAAUCAUUAUUUCCACUAAGUGUGUAGACCGACCGUACCAUAAUGUGACCGUAACUGGGAUCAGGUGGCAGAUGUUUUGGGAAAGGCUUGACCUCAGAAGGAGAGAUUGUGGUUGUGUAGCCAGCGGUGGUCACGUCAUCCCACUGGAGUCAUUAGACUGGCCCUAACUCUAUUAACCUAAUUUAAACACACACUGAUGUCAUAUUGCGAAGGUUUUGUCUCUGAUCUAAAUCUAUUGGAGAUGUAAUCUAACUAGUAGGCUUGGGCGAUAUCCAGAUAGUCAGACCUUCAUACCGACCUUGUGCCUUAACGGGAUAUUCAGUAAUACUGGCACUGAACACAAGGGGCACUAUUUUCAAACCCCACUGAUCCCCUGUAUUCCGAAGGUUAGCAAUGCUAACAAAAAGUAAAGCUCGAAGUUAUACAAGUAACAAAAGAAUGCUACUCACAGUUUGCUGCACGCACAAAACAAAUAUUAGACAGCAAUGCUCUUGAUCCAGGAGGGGAUUAUCAGCUGUUACCAAGCAAAGCUUGAUUUUGGAAGAAGCUAAACAUUUAGCUAGAUAUCUAACUAGCUACUAAAUUAGCAAACCAAAUGCACAACUGCAGAGAAUUUAGCACAUUUUAGACAGUUAACUUAAUAGGUAUAAGAUAUUUAGCUGGUAAACAUUUAGUUGUGAAUUCCAUACAGUAACUAAAUCACCUGGUGCAUGCUGCACAACAGUGAGUGACUCACAAUGCUCCGGUCUCUCGUUGUUGUGUGCUUGUAAACAAACACCAUGUGACUGGGGACUACCGGUAAACUUCAUAAUAAAACAUUACGCAACAGGUGAAAUGAAGAACGCAGUCUUCUUUAUCGCCUAACGUAUUGCACAAGUUGACUGUAGUUAUUUACUUAAAAAGUAGCUACAAAUAUUACAAUUUUUUUUUUUUUUUACUUCAAAGAAAUAGUUUCAACUGUAUUGAAAAACCAUCCCGUGGCCAGUUCCAAAUACCCCGGUAUACCAUAUACGGAGAAGACAAACAAACAGCAGGUAGUUAAACAGGUGUACAGCUGGGAGUGUCAUAAUAACCUUUUACUACCUGCCAUAAACACUCCCUUCAGCCCCAACCAACCAGCCAGCAGAUCAGCCAGCCAGACGACACUACGAGCCAGGGUCAGCCAUGAUGAGCAUAGUACUAUCACACAGAUGACCUUUGACCUGGGUGCUAGCUGUGAGCUGAGUGAUGGCUGAUGGGAAUUGUGACAGUGAUUCCAGUAAACGGACAAGGAAAUACAAUAUAAUACAGCGUGACUAUGACUUUUACAGGUCAGAUGAUAAGGAGUGUAUUGGAACAGGCUGAUCAUGACGACUAAUCUAGCUCUGGAUGUUUUUAGUGUUGAGCAAACAGAGAAAGCAAACGUAUAAUACUGGUCUGGGUGGGACUACUGACUGGAAAUGAAUCUCAUUACCGAAUCAAAGGUCUGAGAUGUUGAUCAAUCACAAGCAGUGUUUACAAAAGAGCUGUGUGGGUGAGAGAAAGAGAGAGGGGAGGGGGAAAGAGAUAGAGAGCGAGUUUACAACAGAGGUGUGGGUUAAAGAGAUAAAGGCAGAGAGAGAGAAAACGAGAGGGAGAGUGAGUGAGGAAGAGAGUGAGCGAGAGAGAGUGAGAGUCAGGUGAAAGGAAGUGUAUUGUAGAUAAGGCUGAUAGACAUGAAUGGAAGGUCCGGUCUAUGGUCACGGUGCAUAUUACUGUAAUCCUGAAUCAGGCCUGUAGGACUUCCUACCAACGGAACACUAACAGCUCCAGUAUGAUUGGGUGGAAAGAAUCAGGAUAUCAUGUCUGUCCCCAUUCUCCUAUUACACUGCAGUCCUCAGUGGAGCCAAACAUAGAGAAACACAAAACUCCCCCAGGUUUCCCACAGAAGAAACAUGUCUAAAGGACCUAGAAAUACCUCGCAAUCAAAUGCCGACUGUAUUAUCUCCCAAGAUAAUUUUAUUCGGUUAUAGUCACGGCCGUGUAUAUCCCCCCUCAAGCCGAUACCACGACGGCCCUCAAAGAACUUCACUGGACUUUAUGCAAACUGGAAACCACAUAUCCUGAGGCUGCAUUUAUUGUAGCCUGGGAUUUUAACAAAGCAAAUUUGAGGACUAGGCUGCCGAAGUUCUAUCAACGUAUCGACUGUUGUACUCGGGCUGCUAAAAUCCUCGACCAUUGCUAUUCGACCUUCCGGGAUUGUGAUAAGGCCCUCCCCCGCCCUCCUUUCGGCAAAUCUGACCACGACUCCAUUUUGCUCCUCCCUUCCUAUAGGCAGAAACGCAAACAGGAAGUACCUGUGCUAAGGACUAUUCAACGCUGGUCUGACCAAUCGGAAUCCACGCUUCAAGAUUGUUUCGAUCACGCGGACUGGGAUAUGUUCCGGGUAGCUUGCAAAACUAAUUUAGACGAAUACACUGAAACGGUGACUGAGUUUAUCAGGAAGUGUAUAGGUGAUGUUGUGCCCACUGUGACUAUGUGACUAUUAAAACCUACCGUAACCAGAAACCGUGGAUAGAUGGCAGCAUUCACGCAAAACUGAAAGCGCGAACCACUGUAUCUAACCAUGGCAAGGUGACUGGGAAUAUGGCAGAAUACAAACAGUGUAGCUACUCACUCCGCAAGGCAAUUAAACUGGCAAAACAUCAGUAUAGAGACAAAGUGGUCGCAAUUCAAUGGCUCAGACACGAGACGUAUGUGGCAGGGUCUACAGACAAUCACGGACUACAAAAGGAAAACCAGCCAUGUUGCCGACAACGACAUCUCGCUUCCAGACAAGCUAAACACCUUUUUCGCCCGCUUUGAGGAUAACACAGUGCCACCGACAAGGCCCACUACCAAGGACUGUGGCCUCUCCUUCUCCGUGGUGGAAGUGAGUAAGACAUUUAAGCAUGUUAACCCCCGCAGGGCUGCCGGCCCAGACGGCAUCCCUAGCCGCGUCCUCAGAGCAUGCACAGACCAGCUAGCUGGUGUGUUUACGGACAUAUUCAAUCUCUCCCUUUCCCAGUCUGCUGUCCCCACAUGCUUCAAGAUGGCCACCAUUGUUCCUGUACCCAAGAAAGCAAAGGUAACUGAACUAAAUGACUAUCGCCCCGUAGCACUCACCUCUGUCAUCAUGAAGUGCUUUGAGAGACUAGUCAAGGAUCAUAUCACCUCUACCUUACCUGUCACCCUAGACCCACUUCAAUUUGCUUACCGCCUCAAUAGAUCCACAGACGAUGCAAUCGCCAUCACACUGCACACUGCCCUAUCCCAUCCGGACAAGAGGAAUACCUAUGUAAGAAUGCUGUUCAUUGACUAUAGCUCAGCAUUCAACGCCACAGUACCCUCCAAGCUCAUCAUUAAGCUUGAGGCCCUGGGUCUGAACCCCGCCCUGUGCAAAUGGGUCCUGGACUUCCUGACGUGCCGCCCCCAGGUGGUGAAGGUAGGAAACAACAUCUGCACUUCACUGAUCCUCAUCACUGGGACCCCACAAUGGUGCGUGCUCAGCCCCCUCCUGUACUCCCUGUUCACCCAUGACUGCGUGGACAAGCACGCCUCCAACUCAAUCAUCAAGUUUGCAGAUGACACAACAGUAGUAGGCUUGAUUACCAACAAUGACGAGACAGCCUACAGGGAGGAGGUGAGGGCUCUGGGAGUGUGGUGCCAGGAAAAUAACCUCUCACUCAACGUCAACAAAACAAAGGAGAUGAUCAUGGACUUCAGGAAACAGCAGAGGGUGAACCCCCCUAUCCACAUCGACGGGACUGCAGUGGAGAAGGUGGAAAGCUUCAAGUUCCUUGGCGUACACAUCAAUGACAAACUGAAAUGGUCCACCCAUGCAGACAGUGUGGUGAAGAAGGCACAACAGAGCCUCUUCAACCUCAGGAGGCUGAAGAAAUUUGACUUGGCACCUAAAUCCCUCACAAACUUUUACAGAUGCACAAUUGAGAGCAUCCUGUCGGGCUGUAUCACCGCCUGGUACGGCAACUGCACCGCCCGCAACCGCAGGGCUCUCCAGAAGGUGGUGCGGUCUGCCCAACGCAUUACCGGGGGCAAACUACCCGCCCUCCAGGACACCUACAGCACCCGAUGUCACAGGAAGGCCAAAAAGAUCAUCAAGGACAUCAACCACCCGAGCCACUGCCUGUUCACCCCGCUAUCAUCCAGAUGGCGAGGUCAGUACAGGUGCAUGAAAGCUGGGACCGAGAGAAUGAAAACAGCUUCUAUCUCAAGGCCAUCAGACUGUUAAAUAGCCAUCACUAGCACGUUAGAGGCUGCUGCUGCCUGUUGAAAUCACUGGCCACUUUAAGAAAUGGAACACUAGUCACUUUAAUAAUGUUUACGUAUCUUGCACUACUCAUCUCAUACGUAUAUACUCUAUUCUAUAAUAUUCUAUUGUAUCUUAGUCCAUGCCGCUCUGUCAUUGCUUGUCCAUAUAUGUAUAUAUUCUUAAAUUCUAUUCAUUACUUAGAUUUGUGUGUAUUGGGUAUAUGUUGUGAAAUUGUUAGAUAUUACUUGUUAGAUAUUACUGCACUGUCGGAGAUAGUAGCAUAAGCAUUUCGCUAAACCCGCAAUAACAUCUGCUAAACACGUUUAUGUGACAAAUACAAUUUGAUUUGAUUUGAUUUAACUGCUGAAACCAUUUUCUUAACUCUAGCAGGCAGCGGUGGCCAACCCUCCUCCUGCAGAGAUACUAGGUAUGCAGGCUUUUGAUCCAGCCCUGCUCUAACGCACCUGAUUCAGCUGAUGAAGGUUCCGAGGAGCAGUGGAUGCGAAGAAUCAGUGUAGUUAUUGAAGAGAGUGUCUUUAGAAGAGUGAGGUGACCCAGUUCUAGACACUCUUGGCUCACAGUCCUACCUGGCAAUCACAGCAGCCUGGAAGUUUCCAGUAAGAGUCCCAACCUCCUCCUUCCCUCUCUCUCUCUUCUUCCAUUUUUCCUGAAAAGCUACACUCUAAUAUUUGUGGAGAGGAAAGAAAGACAACACAAACUCAAACUCUUGCAUCUCUCUCUCCCACCCUCUGCCUCACUCUCACUCCCUCUCUACCUCUGGCUCUGUCGUUUAAACCAUUUCCUGGAGCUGAGAGGAGGUGAAUGCCCCGAUUUUCUGGGAAGAAGGAGUAGACCGGCAGGGUCGAAGAGAGGAGGGGUGGAGGAGUGUAGAGAAGGGGGUUGAUGAGUGUAGGUCAAUGUUUCCCAACUCCAGUCCUCGAGUACCCCCAACAGUACACAUUUUUGUUGUAGCCCCAGACAAACUCACCUGAUUCAAUUAAUUGAGGGCUUGUUGAUUAGUUGACAAGUUGACUCAGGUGUGCUUGCCCAGGGCUACAACAAAAAAUGUUUGCUGUUGGGGGUACUCAAGGACUGGAGUUGGGAAACACUGGUUUAGAGAUAGGGGUAAGGGGGGAGGGGUUUCGACACAGAGAGCGGUGAAAGAGGAUUCAGGGGUACCCCACCUAGAGAUGUAGAGGAAGAGAGUACAGAGAGAGAGGAGGCUACAGAGACAGUUGGAGGCAAAUUGUUAAUAUACAGGCCAGGUUGCAGAAGGAGACAAGCAGUUAAUAUUCUUAGGGGAUGGAGGAUAUUCAGUUGGAGUGCACUGGGAUAUUAGGUUAGGGGUCCAGUGGGUAGGGGUGAUUUCUGUCAAGGGGGUAGUGUUGGGGUAGGGGGGGUAGUAGAAUUGAAACCAUACCUCUAGUCCGUCAUCAGAGCUGCUCUGGCUGUCAAGGCAACGCAGCAACAUGUGGAAGCAAUUUAUGACCUACUUUUCAUUUCCGCAUUUAAUACGAUUUUGGUCUGCUCUGAGGGAGAUGGAGAAAGAGAGAGAGAGGAAAGCUGGUGUCGGCACUGCACUUUUGUUUUUCAUCUCCUGACGAAGCGAGUGAGCGGAGCAGACGGAGGGAAGGAAGGAGGGAGGGAGGGAGUGAGGCAGGGAAGGAGGCUUAGAGUGCUGGUCUGGUAUAGAGGUGCAGGAGACCAAAGAGGCCAUUUAUGGCCCCUCUCUCCAAACCCCCUCCCUCCAUCUCUCGCUCUCUCUUGCUCUCUCCCUCCCUACCCUCUCUCUCCAUCGCUCUCUCUGGCCUUUAAUUUUAAUUAUUCGAACUGUUUCCUACUGAGAUGCAGAGGGCUGCAGACCCUCAGGCUGCCUGAGUGAUCCGCUCCCACGGUAGAGAGGGAGUGAGCAGGGGAGAGGAGCAGGAGAGGCAUGCAGGACAAGUCUUGAAAUCUCUGGACUAGUGGCCUUACCGUAGUAAUAUGUGCCUGUAGACAUAUUGUAGUUACAUAGCUCCCAAUCUAGACUCUAGUGGACAUCCAGUAUUACUAUUGUAGUUCCAUUAACAGAGCUCUCAGUAGUAGACUUCUAGUAGUAGACUUUUAAUAUUGUAGUUCCAGUCCCAGCUGCCAACAGCGUGACGGAGCAUCUCCUGAUGUGUGUCAAUCACUGCCUUUUCCUACAACGUCAUUCUAGAGUAUGGUGAUGGUGAUAGAAGUACCCUCGGCCUGUACAAGGAUACAGAGAUAUUGAACAUAGACACUACAGGGACCUGUACUGUCUCAACUUCACUGGGUCAAAUGUGGGAUUGGGCAAAGGUUUCACUUGCUACAUCGGACCAGGCCUCUAUUAGGCUCUCCUCUAGGUUCUGGUGUUGUAACAAAAUCCAUGUUCUGUUAAAAGUGGAAUAUUGUACAGUGCAGGGGGGUGGUGUUAGAAGUGGGUCCCAGUCCCACAGGAAGUGGCCCCAUCCUUCAGCAGAGAGAGACACAGGAAUCUGAGACAGGGUUAGUUGGUCGGUCAGUUCAGUGAUUUGGAGGCAAUCCCCUCUGGCUACCUUUUCCUGUUGUUGAGUUGCUGAAACCCCAGGUCACACAUUCUGCCAUACCCCCGUGGAUCCAGAGCUGACAGACAUAUUGUACCAUAACCUCAGAGUUGCGAUGCGGGGGGCAUGUUUGGGGAAAGAUGAGUAUCAGGCCAUUUUGUUACAAUGAGAGUUGACACUGGCCAGGUGUACUGUUAGAAUGGACUGGAGUAGGAGUCCCAUCUGAAAGGGAUGGCGAAGGAAAUCAUUUUAGCCCAGAAUAAUAUUUUUGGCCAACGGGAAAUCAGAAUGCUAACGUGUUAUUGAAACAGGAAAUGUUUUGAUAGCAGAGAAUGUAGCUGUUAACUGUUCUGUGAUUGGACUUUAGAGAAUGUAGCUGUUCUGUGAUUGGACUUUAGAGAAUGUAGCUGUUAGCUGUUCUGUGAUUGGACUUUAGAGAAUGUAGCUGUUAGCUGUUCUGUGAAUGGACUUUAGAGAAUGUAGCUGUUAGCUGUUCUGUGAAUGGACUUUAGAGAAUGUAGCUAUUAGCUGUUCUUUGAUUGGACUUUAGAGAAUGUAGCUGUUCUGUGAAUGGACUUUAGAGAAUGUAGCUGUUAGCUGUUCUGUGAUUGGACUUUAGAGAAUGUAGCUGUUAGCUGUUCUGUGAUUGGACUUUAGAGAAUGUAGCUGUUAGCUGUUCUGUGAUUGGACUUUAGAGAAUGUGCUGUUGUCAUUAUUCUACGCUUCUCUGCAGCUACAUUUCAAACACACAUUCAAUCAGUCACACAUUAUAGCGGUUGAUAUGUUUGCUGCUUCUAGGUCUAUUUAAUGCUGUAUAUUGUUACUGAUGAACCUCUCUCUUCCCCCCUCUCUGGUCUAGGUCUGUUUCUGAUCCUGGGUCUGAUGCUAUACCCUGCAGGCUGGGGUUCAGACAAGGUGCAGCUGUACUGUGGUCAGGACGCGGCUCCCUACCGGUCGGGGCUGUGCACCAUGGGCUGGGCCUUCUACACAGCCAUGGGGGGCACCGUGCUCACCUUCGUCUGCGCUGUGUUCUCCGCCCAGGCCGAGAUCGCCACGUCCUCAGACAAGGUGCAGGAGGAGAUCGAGGAGGGCAAGAGCCUUAUCUGCCUGCUCUGA